AUGAGCACUCUACCAUCUAGCACCUAUCAGUCUCCUCCCCGGCCGGGCCGAGGCCGGCACCUUAAUACUAUUCUCGAGGAGAAGGAGGAGGCCAGUCAGGUUGUGAAAAGUGAUAGCGAGGGAGAUGGAAGUGAUUCGACUGUCUACGGUCGGCCUGCAGCAUGGAAUCCGCAACUCUUUACUGCCGCUCCUCGAAAGAGCUCUCUCGCAACAACCACCUACGCGUCUUCUCCGGUCUCUUCGUGUGAACCUUCGCCGGCCAGCAGUGCCGGCGAGGGCUUCCAAAGAAAUUCAAUUCGGACCUCUUUCUCUGGCAGUGAUUCGGGGACAGUCUUCAGUGAUGACUGCCCGUCCCUUGCCAGUGAUCCAACAAGCUUUGCCUCCGAGUCCAGUCGAAACAGCUAUGCUAGCAACAAAUCCAGCAGAAACAGAUACCCUGCUCUCUUAAUCCCGAGAGAUUCAUGGGGCUCCAUGGAAGGAAGUCCCAUCAAGGAGAUGGCCCUGGGCAUGUCCCCGGCCACCAAGAUUCGUUUAUCGCCCACGGCACUGUCUGCGCUCCCACGAGCUGUCCCUGCCGUCAAUGCACCACCGUCGUUAGGAGACAGCAACAGUACAACGUCUGACUCGCCUUGCAAUCACGGCACAAGUGCCCCCGUCACUCCUGAGAUCAAGCAAUUGGAGGUGGUAGACCAACAGGGCUGGGGAGAACCACCGCCUAACAAUAUAGAGUCACAACCUCUCGAGAUCGCGCUGGACGAUGGUCACAGUGUGAUUCUCUCGCCUGCAGAAGCCCACUCGGACAGCACAUUUCCCAACAUCCUAUCACCCGCCGCUUGGACCGAUGUGGUCGUGAGUUUUCCCCAAGUGCCGGGCGCUACGCCUCAAGAUCUCUCGCCUCUGAUGCCAACAAUCGAUGAGCUGAAGAAAUUCGACGAAGUCCAACCACCAUCCAAUGGCUCUGACGUGGGUGUACGUCUUCCCCCGGACGCGCUGCAGACUCUCCAGCUACUCGUACGACAGAGGAGUGUCGACAAUGUUUCGACCUCCUCGGGCGGCUCUCGUCCUUCCAAGCGAUCGGGGAAACGAGAAGAAAUGCGUGAACGUACUAGCCCCGAGCCCAUAAGCCGGCCUCGCAGUGCUGAUGGCGAAACCCCUGUGUCCGACUAUAGCUUCUCGCAACUCAGCAUUCCCUCUCCGGGAGGAUUCUUUUCGUCACUGCAGAAUGGUUCCCGUCAUACGUGGUGUCUAGGCAAGACCAAGGGAUCGAGUGUUCCCGACACGGCCACGGCUGAAAUGUUCUACAAUCGACCCUGGGAAAAUUCAAGCUCAAGCAAUGUGGUCGAAACAGUUCUGAUCGGUGAUGAUACGAACAUGACCGAAGGCCCUCCUACGGCACGGCAAGCCACCUUCAAUCUCGACCCGGUUUCAAAUGGUCAAAAAAGCCAGAGCCAACAAUCCGAGGACGAUGACCUCUAUGGCCCCGGUGAUGUAUUCGAGAAGUCAUCCCAACCAGGCCAGGUCAGCUUUGAGUACGAUGAGAAGUAUUAUGAGGAGCUCAAGCAAGCCGCAGGUCAAAAUUUGGCGAGGACGGGCUCGUGGCUAGCCGCACAAACUGGCUACUUGUCUGCCAUCCUGGAUUCAGACCCCAGUAUAGAGCCUCGAGAUGAAGGCCCAAUGUCCAAUGAUGGUUUGGCCAAGGCUGAAAUAGCACCCCGACGAACGGUGAUGUUUUCUGACGACACAAAGGCGGACGCCGCCAUCGUGGACGGAAAAGAACAAGAUAGUUCCAGCAGUGAAACAGACGCCAAGGAGCCAGUCUUUCUCAGCGCCUUCCAGUAUCUUUGGAGUAUCCGCAAGCGUCGAGAUGCCUUUUGGCAUGCCACUUCCCGGCUUGAGGCCAUCCAGGCUGCCCGGGUGGCGAUGCCCGAGAAACAUAUCACAAAUCUUCUCGGUCAACAUACGCUCGUUGAUCCAGCGAGACCCAAAUAUUCAGGCCCGUUCAGCCAAAAUCCAAGAGCGACAGGUGUCUUCGACCGUACUCCAGAACAACUGGCCUACAAAGCCGUCGAACGGGAGCAACUGGCAUUGGCGUCCAUCGCACCAUCGACGUGGCAGAUUGAUGCUUUGAGAACUAUGUACAACGGCCGUCUUCUUGCAUCGGCGGCAGCCUGUCAACGACUGAAGACGCGGGCCACCAUCCCAUUGGAUGAUCCGUCGUGUGUGGGCAGCAAAAGGAUCCGCAUCCUCGAUAUCGGAGGUACAUCUUCUGCCUCUUGGGCCUGGAAUGCAGCCCUUGAAUGGCCGAACGUGAAAGUGUACACCGUGAUCACCAAGGCUCAAUCACGUUCCCAACGGCCCGCGGGAAUGGCGAAACCAGAUGCGCCACCAAACCAUCGCACCGUCUCGGUCCCACAUCUGUGGCAGUUACCCUUCCGCAGUGGCCACUUCGACGUCAUUUCAGCUCGUGCCCUUCACGUUCUCCUGAAGAACAACCCGGUUCCGGGUGUCCCCGAAAUUGACGAAUGGGACUUGACACUUCGUGAAUGCCUGCGAGUGUUGAAACCGGGGGGGUACAUCGACUACAUGAUCAUGGACUCGACGAUCGCACAUGCAGGACCCCGAGCAGAAGCCAUGUCGGUUGAGUUUGGCUUCGAACUCCACCGGCGUGGGUAUGAGCGAGAAGCAGCUCGCAGUUGGUUGCGACGGUUGAAGAAAGAGGGCUUUGUUGGGGUCAAAAGAGCAUGGGUGUUUAUGCCCAUGGGACGAAGACCACCCAAGGAAAUAGAAGAGCACGUGCAUGGAUAUACAGACGGAUGGCAGUCAUGGCGACAAGGUGCGAAGCCGUUCGUCCCCGCGCCACGGCCGAUCAGCGAAGUGUCCACCAUCAGCAAAAUUGUCAAGCAAUAUAUGGACGUGGAGGCCGUUCAAGGACCGAUCGGAAGUACACAGGACGUGGCGGAUUUGACCGGUCUUCUCGGGGCUCGGAUGUGGGAGGAGUGGCUGGUCAAAGUGCGAGCUGAAUCUGGCCGUGACCAAAGUCGCUGGCUAGAGGGAGUAGAUGAGGUGAUUGAAGAAGGAAAAGAGAACGGAGCAGGCUGGAAGGUAUUGAUCGGUUGGGCACGGAAGCCCAAAGGUGAGAAGGGAAAGAAGCCGGAACGGGCUGAAAUAACCGUUGCGAUAGAGGAUCUGGGGGAAUUGACAUCAUCUGGAGAUGAAUCUAUGGAGACAGGAAUGAUCCCUAUGGUCAUCCAAGAAUGA